AUGUUCGGUGCCCCAUCCACGGUUACGACUGAUGGUGGUGCCCAGUUUGAGUCGGCACUCUUCCAAACGCUACUCAAUUUCCUUGGCUGCACACGCAUUCGGACGACAGCCUACCACCCAGCUGCGCACGGUAUGGUAGACCGUUUCCAUCGUCAGCUAAAGACCGCCCUGCGUGCCGUAGUAGACCCAGGAAACUGGUCGGACAACCUUCCUCUUGCACUCCUCGGCAUCCGUGCAUAUCUGAAGUCGGAUCUGGGCUGUAGUGCAGCCGAAUUGGUUUUCGGCACUACCCUCCGACUGUCAGGCGAGAUGAUCACCCCAACCUCUCGUGGGGCCGACGAGACUCCUGACAACCUUGUGCACCGUUUGCGGCAGUUUACGUGCACGCUUUCCCCGGUUCCACCUCGAACUCCAACGACUGAGUCUUAUGUCGAAAAAGACUUGGACAAGUGUACUCAUGUGUUCGUCCGGUGUGACCGUGUGCACCAGCCGCUGAAAUCGCCAUACGAAGGACCGUUCCGCGUGCUCGCACGCAACGCCAAGACCUGCCGGAUUCUUCGCGGUGACAAGGAGGACGUGGUCAGCGUCAAUCGGGUCAAGGCUGCUGUUGCACAAGGACAAAAAUGUGCUGACCCCCUAACCCCUGUUCCGCUAUCUUCCCUAUCCCCUACUCAUUUACCCUGCCCACUGCCUCGCCCUUCCCCUCCCUUGCCCUCCACCCCUCCGUCCCGCAUACUUCCUCUCCCUACUUGUCUACAGCAUCCAACUGCAACAUCAUCCUCCACCAUAGCACGCAGUCAACCCUUUUUGACUGUACCUCCUGCUUACAUCACCCACAGUGGCCGUCACGUUCAUUUUCCCGAUCGUUUAGUUACGCAUCUUUUCUAG